AUGCCAAUGCCGCCGACAAAAUUGGCAUGCCUGCAUUGUCGCGCAUCGAGAACACGUUGUGAUGGUGAAUUGCCAUGCCACAACUGUGAAAUCAGAGAUCGGGAUUGCUCUUAUGUUCCUAGUAAAAGGGGCGGCUCACGGAAAAGGCGCAUUCAGAGAAACCCCAUUAACGAACGCGAGACAUCGAGGUCUCCUUCAACUCAGCUCCUUACUCCUGAGAGUAUUAAACACUUUGUUUUCCCAGGUGCCGGCCUAAAACGCCCCGAAGCCAUUGGAGAGCAGCAGCAAUUCUAUGCGACAAGCGAAACUCUUUCUGUAACAGAAUCAAUCGACGACCAUUGUGCGAGGAUAUAUGACAGCGAGCAGGCAAUUUUGAACGCAUACUACAUAUUUAUACAUCAGUAUUUUCCAAUACUCCCUCCACCGAAAAGUCGUCCAACUGUCGAUUGUCCUAUUCAAUGGCCACUUUCUGUUACAGAAAAGAUAAUUCCGCAUCAACCGAUCUCUCCACUCAGUCUUGCACUCUCUGCCGUGCUUGCUCUGAUUCCUCUAUCACAGGAGACACGCUGUACAGCCGCGGCAUGUGUCUCGUUUCGAAAAGCUCUAGCUCAACAAUUCGCUCAGGCGGCUCUUCAAUGUAUUGACGCAGAUUCAGAAUAUCUCGACUUUAUCUCUGAUCGCCAGAUAGGCUCUAUGACCGCAGUUGAGCAACGUUCAAUAUCCCGCGAGCCGUUGCAUCCACAAACACCAGUUGAGCUAGAGAGCAUCCUGGCACUGCUUCUUCUAAGUAACUAUGAGCACACAGAGCGCGCCAAUUUGCUCAAGAUGACGGCUCGAGCAAGUCAAGCGUUGAUCAUAGCAAAGAAUAUGUCCCUUCAUCGGAUGGGUCUCGAAAAUGAUGCUUUUUCAGAAGCUAAGAGGAGAGCUUGGUGGAUGACGUAUUUCUGUGCUCAUCUAUGUUCUGUGGUUCGGCAAAGUGCUUGUUUAAACGUAGAUGAUGACAGCCAUUUCACAACUCCAUAUCCAAAGUUGGAAUCCGAUCCAGAGGCGUGGUUGAUCUUCCUCGAAGCUCUGCGAAUCGGCGUUGCGAGUGUCAAGUUCACUACCAGCUAUAGCGAACGUCUAAACUCGCACUCGGAUAUGUCUAGAGUUUUUGAGCAAAUGAAGAUACUCGACAAAUGGGUGCUUCAAGUCUCCGCUCGGAUUGAAAACUAUGUACCUAACUCUAGGUCAAUGGAGCUUGAUCCUACCUACGAGUCAGUCACAGCAGAAGUAAUGCGACGACUUGCUCGCAUCAGAUUAUCCAGCACAAGAAUCCGUCUUCAUCGAUUUCAAGCUUUCUCAGACACGCCACUCUUCACUGAGAAUCACUGUGAUCUCACAGUCCCAAGUACUCUAAAUACUUCUUCUAACAUAACCAAUGAUGCCGAAGCAAAUAUUGCCGUCUACACCAUUCUUCAGUCACCUCCAUUCACAAACGACCAGUCUACCGAAAUUUGCGUAGCAUCAGCUCUAACAAUUGCACGGCAGCUACAAAGAUUGCCGAUUGCCAAGACAUCUGACGGAGUGAUUAAUCGAGCGAUGCCUACCUGUACAUGUUGUGCAAUGCAAGCCAGUUACGUUCUUCUAAUGCAAUUCUACAAACUUCACGUCACACCCCAUACCACACAAACAUCAUCAUGCGACAUGUCUGUGGAUACAGAGCGCCUCAUCGAUGAGCUUCGGCAUGGCUUAGAGGAUAUCAUCGGGGCAAUGAACAAUUUCGCCGCUUCUUUCGAAGCCAUUGCUGGAAUGCGAGAUGAGAUUGAGAUUGCCUAUCACAUUGCUUUUCCACAUAUGGCAACAGUCUCAAAGUAG